AGCGAGCACAGCGACCGCCCGCCCUCGUCCGCGACCCGCAGCUGGCGCGCGCCAUGUACAUAUCGCCGCUGGAGCAGGAGCUCUGCCGCAACCUGCGCGAACUGCCCCGGCGCCAUGGCUACCGCUUCACUGCCGAGGCAGACCGCGACCUGCGCGCCACGCUCUUCCGCUCGCUCGCCGGCCAUGAAGCCCACAUCCCGCUCUUCUUCCCCUCCGGCUUCCCCGUCGACCAGGAGAAGCCGUGGAGCCUGCGCGACGCCCAGGGCGCCAUAGAGGGCGCCGAGUACACGCCUGCCGCCAAGGGCAAGCCGUGCGGGCACAUCUUCAAGAACGGCGAGGGCACGUAUCGCUGCAAGACGUGCACCACCGACGACACCUGCGUCCUCUGCGCCCGCUGCUUCGACGCCUCCGACCACGACGGCCACCAGGUCUUUGUCAGCGUCUCGCCCGGCAACUCAGGCUGCUGCGACUGUGGCGACGAGGAGGCCUGGGCACGGCCUGUGCACUGCAACAUACACUCGCCCGACGCAGACUCGGCCAGUAAGACGGCCGGCAAGGCGAAGCAAGGUUCAUCGUUGCCUGACGAAGUGCUCGAGAGCAUACGCAUGACCAUUGCACGGUCUUUGGACUACCUGAUCGAUGUCUUUUCGUGCUCUCCCGAACAGCUGCGGUUGCCCAAGACUGAGGAAUCCGUCUUGCAGGAUGAGCGCAACUCACGUCUGACCUCAAAAUGGUAUGACCCGGGCGAUCAGACCGAGCCCGACCAAGAGUACUGCCUCGUGCUCUGGAACGACGAGAAACACACCGUAACCGAUGUACAAGAACAAGUAGCCCGCGCCUGCAAACAAAAGCAGGCCUUUGGCCUCGCCAAGGCCCACGAAGUCAACGAUGUUGGCCGCAGUGCUGUCGUCUACUGGUCAGAGCUGAAAGAGCUUCUACGCAUGGCCAAAAUCAUCGAAGAGAUCAAGCUGACCGUGACCAUUCGCUCCGCACGAGAUACCUUCCGGGAGAUGAUGGGCGGCGCCAUUGUCGAGUGGAUUUCUGACAUCGCCGGAUGCAGCGCAGGCGAUGAUCACCAGGUUCUUCGACGCACCGUCUGUGAGGAGAUGUUGAAGCCAUGGCGCGUUGGAAGCGCAGCCUCCAAUGAAAGCAUCGGCAAAGACGGUCUAGACGAUCACGAGCUUGAGGACAGAGAGAAUGAGGAGAGGAGUUUCUUUCGAGGACUCGUACCUAUUGCUCGGCGACCUCAGAUCAUCAGGAUACGGCGCCAGCGCACAGCCGAUAGGACGGACGACACAACUGCUUCUGAUGACGAAUUUGACGACGGCGACGAUGAGGCCGAGGGCACUGCAGAUGCCGGAGAAGAGAUGGACAUUGACGAAGUUGGCGCUCAGGACAAUGAUGGAGAUGUAGAAAUGGAGGCGUUUGAGAGCGCAGAUGAAGCGCUGGAAACAUCCGAGGCCACCAUGGCAGGCUACCCUGCUCCACCUCCACCUCCACCUGCUCCGUCGCAGUUCUCAACAGGCCAUAGAGCACGUCAUGAGCAGAGUGAUACUCCUGCGGAAUCUGACAGUGAGCCUUUAGUAGGUGCGCCCUCACUAAGCCACGUCGAACCUCUGAUGACGGUACCUGGAACACCCCACACACGGUCGCUUCCAAUGAGACCAUCGCGACCUCCGCAGUACUGGAUGGAGAAGCCAGACGGUUAUGGCAGACGACCUGGGACACCGGCUCACGAGGAUCUCUGGCAACGCCUUCGUCUGGACCGCCUCAUCUUGUACGAUUUGCGCAUGUGGAAACAACUUCGAAUCGGCAUUCGUGACGUUUUCAUCAGCACAGUGGUUUCCAUUCCAGAAUUCAAGCGUUUGCUUGGCCUGCGCUUUGCUGGCGUCUACACUGGUCUUGCACAAUUGUUCCUUAUUGCCGACCGGGAGCCGGAUCACUCAAUCAUCAAUCUGUCCCUUCAGAUGUUGACAACGCCGUCUAUCACUUCGGAAGUAGUGGAGCGAGGCAACUUUUUAACGAACUUACUUGCCAUUCUCUACACCUUUCUUACCAAUCGUCAAGUCGGCUACCCAGCCAACGUCGACCCAAAGGCCACCCUGGCUUUUGAGCAAGGCGCUGUGACAAAUCGACGAUUACAUCACUUCUUCAUGGAUACAAAGUAUCUGUUAGCGUCAGAAUUUGUGCAAGACAAGAUCCGUGAACAACCGCGUUAUCUAUUACAGUUCUUGGACUUGGUCAAACUCCACCAAGGGAUAUGUCCGAAUCAACGUGCUGUCGGCGAGCAUCUCGAGUUCGAGUCAGAGGCUUGGAUUAGUGCAUCGCUCAUCACUAGAGAGAUCAACAAGCUUUGCCGACACUUUGCGGACUCCUUCACAUGGAAGAAUGACGAAGAUGCCACGAGCAUGUGUCGUGCUCUCCGGGCUACGGCGGAGGUAGUGACUAUCAACUCGUUGGGCGCUGAGCGCAGACGGUUUGAUCAGGCUGAGCUCAAAGACGAAACCAAGUUCAAAACAUUGGAAGUCUUCGAGUUUGAUGCCGCGUCAUCAACGUCAAGUUUAUAUGGUCCCAGUUACAAGAUCGUCGACUAUGUUGUCGCAAAGGAGAAUAUGAGCUUCCACCACGCUCUCCACUACACGUUGUCCUGGUUGAUCGACCAAGCAAGAAGUAUGCCGCCAGACCACGUGCGGCAGCUGCUUCAUUUUACGCGCGAUGAGUUGCAAAUUCGCUCAAACUCGGCCACCAUCCCCUCUCAUCGACCUGAGGACUAUUUGCUUGCAGUCUUCGACUUCCCUCUUCGAGUGUGUGCUUGGCUAGCUCAAAUGCGGGCGGGAAUCUGGGUCAGAAAUGGAAUAACUCUACGCCAUCAGAUGAAUCAAUACAGGAGCGUAUCACAAAGGGACGUGUGUCACCAAAGAGAUCUCUUCCUACUGCAAUCCGCUCUGGUCUUGUGCAACCCGUCGGUAUUUCUGGCUUCGAUGAUCGAUCGGUUUGGGCUCAUAGGUUGGACUACUGGGAAGUACGACGCAAGUCACCACGGCUUCGAAGACGCUCAAGCUAUCGACGUUGUUGAAGACUUUGUUCACCUCCUGAUCAUACUUCUCAGCGAUCGAACCUGCCUUCUCCCUGUCGAAGAAAGCAACGAGUCGCAUCUCGCUGCCAUGCGACGAGAUAUUGCGCAUGUGCUGUGCUUCAAGCCACUCUCUUUCUCUGAUAUGACCGCACGGUUGUCAGACCGGAUACAGAAUAUGGAUGAAUUUCCUGAGGUCCUUCGUGAGAUGACCAGAUUCCGAGCACCUGAAGGAUUGUCCGAUAGUGGUACAUUCGAGUUGAAGGAACAAUACCUUGACCUCAUGGACCCCUACGUCCAUCAGUAUAAUCGGAACCAACGAGAAGAAGCCGAAACCAUCUAUAGGAACUACAAGGCAAAACAGACCGGAAAACAGGCCAGCGAUAUUGUUUUUGAACCCACGCUUCGACCCAUACCAUCUGGUCUUUUCCAAAACAUCUCUGGCUUUACAAGAACACCGCUGUUUACUCAAGUCAUGUACUACCUCCUAGGCUAUGGCCUACAAGCGGCAGCUGUCACUCCUACCAUACCUGCCACCCGCGUGGAAACGUACAUUCAAUUUGUGCUCCAAUUGCUUCUAGUCGCUAUCCUCGAAGACAAAUCUGAGCAACGUGACUGGUCCGAGGAAAUGCCCGAUUCUUUGGUAGCUUCUAUUUUGACAAAAUCCGCCAACGUCGGCAUACCCGAGCGUCCGACCACCCUCUCACUUCUUUUAGCCAUACAAGAGAAGGAAGAAUACAAGGGUUGCGAGUCAAAAAUUAAUUUGAUUUUACACAGACUAAAGCAACGGCAACAGCACAAGUUCAUUGUGGCAGCUGCAGCUCUGAACGUCCCAACUGAGAGGAUGGAUACUGCAUCACCAGCUAGCUUUGGGUUGGAGGAGAAAGAACUGAAGAAGAAGCAGGCUUUGGAGCGACAGGCAAAAGUUAUGGCAGCUUUCAAGGAGCAGCAAGGCAAAUUCAUGGCCAAUCAAGACUUCGACUGGGGAGAAGACGACUUCAGCGACCUAGAGGAUGAGGAUGGCGGCCUGGUCGAACAAGAGAAAACCUUCAAAUAUCCCUCGGGAACCUGCAUUUUGUGUCAAGAAGAGACAAACGAUCAAAAGCUCUACGGAACCUUCGGAUACGUUUCCAAAAGCCGCAUACUCCGUCAAACCGACCUACAAGACGAGGAAUGGGUAGAUGAGGUAACGCAAGCGCCUGUCAGUCUCGAUCGCUCAGCGGACGAGAUUCGGCCAUUCGGAGUUUCGGGGAAAAAUCGACAGACUGUCGAGAAGGUCAAUGCCAACGGAGAACGUGUUGUAUCAGAGAGGCAGACCCUUGGUAAAGGCUUCCCACGCACCCAUCUCAAAUCAGGCCCCGUAUCUACUGGGUGCGGUCAUAUUAUGCACUAUGCUUGUUUUGAGGUCUACCUUCAGGCGACUCAGCGCAGACAUGUUGGACAGAUUGCAAGGAACCACCCCGAACGCCCUGAAUUCAAGGAGUUCAUGUGCCCUCUGUGCAAAGCUCUGGGUAAUAUGUUCCUACCGAUCAUAUGGAAGCCGAAAAAGAUACUUCAUCCAGGUGCUCUAGAGACAACAGCAACGUUUGUGGAGUGGCUUGAGACUGGUGUGGCCACGAUGCACAAGGGGCUCGAGGACGAUAGAGGCAAGGUCUCAGCUGCAGAACUUGGUCAUGACCGGAAGGCGCUGUACAACUACGGUCAACAAGAUUUUGUCCACAACAUUGCAGGUCUCCUUCCAGAUCUCAUUAGAGCACCGGUCUUCCCACCGCCCGCGCAAGCUGCAACAGCGCCACUGCAUCGACACCAUUUUCAAAUUCCAGCCUUCUUGUCAGGAGCUGCGAGAGAGCCUGAGCCUGAGUCUGCUCUGCCCGUCACGCCGAUGACUGAGCUCUUCAAAGUGUAUCAGAGAUUACGAGACACUCUUGUUUCGAACAACAUUCCUUCGGCCUUCACACAUCGACCCUCCGUGACCGGGGCUGACAUAGAGGACUUGACGCAUACGGAUUCUCUCACACAAGCCCUGGGUUAUUCGAUCUCUGCUGUGGAAAUUGCUCAACGUGGUGUACAGUCGGAUUUCGUUAGAGGCACAUUAGUCGAUAAGAUCUCACCGCAGACAUUGACCCAUCUCCAGAUCUUAUCCGAGACAGUUUCAUCAUACAUCGCUAUCGGUAGUCUCGGAGGCCAAGGAUCCAGUUUCACAGAAGUAGAGUACCUUCGUACUCAGUUCGAACAAGUUCGUCAACUUUUUGUUGGCCAUCCUGGUGUUUUUGAUCCCGAAGUCUUACCCCUCGAUCUCAAGACGGUCGCGCCUCUCUUGUGCAUGGAUCCAUUUGUCUUCCUUACGCAAUGCGCAGCAGGCAUUGUACCUGCUGCAGGCCUUGAAAUCCAUCACGUCUUGCGUUUGUGUUACCUGGCAGAGAUGGUACGCGUCAUCCUGGCGUACACCGGAACUACAGGUGACCAGCAGACCAUACCGCACAACCAGCAUCCAGAGCGCUUUAUUAAUUCGGAAAAAGUCAGCGGAGGCUCGUUUUCCCCGGAUCAAUUGAAUGGCCUGCUCUUCUUUGUAUGCGCUGUCUUCAACGUAGCAAGUAUGGAAGACUCGCCGGCCUCUCUGGAUAUCGACAACAUGCCCAUUCCCGACCAGUUCAAGAACCCUAACUUUCUCUACUUCAUGUAUACCAUGAUGUCAUCAUACGCUCUUCCAUUUCUCCGCAAAGCUGUCAUUCUCAUGCAUGUUCGGUAUGGGAUUGAGCUACCCCAUACACCAAUGGAUCAGGUUAACGAGUCUGAGCUGUCACGUCUCACCACAGUCCUACGUCUCCCCACUCUCCACGAAAUCUGCUCAUCUUUCGCCACCCGCUCCAACUCGGGGCACAUCACACGUUCGAUCGUUGGUGGCUGGGUGCGGCACCUGUUGUGGGCUCAGGCAGGAAACCAACCCUUGCGCCCAACCAUGUCACUGUCACAUCCCGCCAUCUUUGAACUCGUUGGCCUACCCAGGACAUACGACACACUUACCGACGAAGCAAUACGCAGAAAGUGCCCGACAACAGGCAAAGAGCUUACAGACCCCGCGCUGUGCCUGUUCUGCGGCGAGAUUAUGUGCUCGCAGGCCGUGUGCUGCAUGACAGGCAAGGGCCAGACCCAGAGGGGUGGUUGCAAUCAGCACCUUACAAAGUGCGGCGGUCAAAUCGGAAUCUUCGUCCACAUUCGCAAAUGUAUGGUUCUCUUUCUCAACAAGAAUCAUGGUACCUGGGCCGUGGCCCCCUACCUUGACAAACACGGUGAAGUCGACCCCACGCUGCGCCGCCACCACCAAUUGUUCCUCAAUCAGAAACGCUACGAUGCGCUGCUGCGCAAGGUGUGGCUCGACGGCGGCAUUCAGAGCCUUAUUGCGCGUAAGCUCGAGGGCGAUAUCAAUAAUGGCGGGUGGGAGACGUUGUAAGGAGGGUGCAGAAAGGGGAUGGACUGCAGGGCACGUGAGGGAGUUGAUCCGAAGGGGUUGUGUGUGCUGUGCAUGCACGGCGCUGGAGACGCCGCCGCACUGCGUAGUCCGGAGUCUUUGCAUUGUGCAGUCGCGUAGUUCUGUAUCGACAACAAAGGCCUUGGAUGGCGGGUUUUGA